AAGCUGCGGUUGGCCAUUUAUUAAAAAAUAAAAAAGAAAAAGAAUUUACUCGCUUGGUCAGAAAAAUCGAAGAAAUAAUUAUUUCUCCCCAACAACUUGCGGAUACGGACCAAGUUUUUUUUAAUAAUUGCCAAAAAAUUUCUUCUUCUCUUACCCAAUUUUCUGACCCGCCGCCCCUCACGUCUUCUUCGCAAUUGCGAGUUUUGCGGGUAAGUGAAGAUAGUUGGUUUGAUGAGAAAAAUUUGAGAGCUAUUUACGAUGAAGAGCAUUACCAGAAAUUAGAAAGGUUAAUUAGCGAAUAUGAAGAAAGAGACCCAACCCAAUUUGAUUGCUUAGAAAUCCAAGAGAAUUUGGAAAAAGACCCCAAUUAUCUGGUGAAAAAAAAAUGUGGGAAUUAUUUACAAACUAAUUUUCCUCAAUUUUUCGCCAAAAACUGCAUCAAAUUGAGUAGCUUUUUCGAAGAAAUGGUAAAAGUUUUUGCUGAGAAAUUUUAUGAUGAUCCGGAUUGGUUUUUGCUUAAUGAAACUCAUGGAGCUAGCGAAUUAAAAAAAAUGGUUCUAAUUGUUAAUGCUGGGCCAGGAACCGGAAAAACCGAAAUUAUUAAGGAGCGGAUGAGAUUUAUUGUGGAGCAAAAUCUUAAUCAACGGCAGGAUAAAAAGAAAAAUUUUUUAAGAAACCCGGCCAACGGAUUAAGAUUUAAAAUUUUAGAUAAUCUUUGUAAGUAUGUUUUAAACAAGAAAAGCAAUAAUGUUAGCGAGAAGUUGAGGCGAGAGUUAAUUAAAGAAAAAAGACCACUUAUUUGUCAAAAAAUUGCUUAUGAUGAAUAUUUGUGGGAAGCCCGCUCAGUUUUGGAAAAAUCUGGUCGUCUCGACUUGUAUGAAGCAAUCAAAGAGUUUUUUAUUAACGAAGAGAUAACAAAGCGUUGGCAAGUUUUUGAUCAUAUUCUGGUUGAUGAAAGCCAAGACUUGAAUGAGUUACAACUAGGAAUAAUAAAAUUGCUUUGUUUGCCUCAUACUACCCUAACUUUUGUAGGUGAUCCUAAACAAACCAUUUAUGGGUUUCGGGGGGCAAAAAGUGGCAUUUUCGAAGCCAUUAAAAACCUUUUUCCAAAUAACGUCCAAAAAAAUGUCACAGAGAAACCCGGAGAAAAGCCAUUAGUUUUCUUGAGUGAAAAUAGUCAAAAACAAAUAGAUUUUGUGGUAGAACAGAUUGACCGAACUCGGGAGCCAGCGAGAAAAGCUAUUCUUUAUCGCAACCAAAAUUCGGGCAAGCAAAUAGCCAAGGAACUAAGAAAAAAGAAUAUUGAUUUUAUAGAGCUUGGAGACAGAGAUAAUGAAGGAGUGAAAAUAAUAAAAAGCGUGAGAGAUUUGCUGGAAAAGUCAAAUGUUUCUUUAACUGAUCCGGAUGUAGUUGAUUUUGUGGAAGAAUUCAUUCAAGAAUUAGAAGAUUUUACUUUCCGUCGUUUUCUAGUUAACAAUCCCAAGGAUAAAGUAGGAAGAAUCAUCCUUUCCACCAUUCACGGAAGCAAGGGUUUAGAGUUUGACCACGUUUUCUUGGUAGAUGUUAACGAAGAAAUUUUACCCAGUAAAAAUACUAAGAGCACGGAAGAAGAACUGGAAGAAGCCAGAAUUUUUUACGUCGGGGUAACCCGAGCCAAAAAAAAAUUAUAUCUUUGUUCUUCUGAUCGCGAAAAAAUUUCUCAGUUUCUCCUCAAGAUUGACCCGAAACUGGUAGGAAUUAGGACUAGCAAGGUUGAUUUUUCAAAGGCCGCCCCCUUAUUUUCUGCUCAAAAAAAAGAAGAAAUAAUCGGCGAAGAAGGAGAAGAAAAGGUUUAUGAUUUACUAGUAGAAAAAGAAAUCCCUAAUUUGCAAAUCGACAUUUAUGCCGAAACUGCCACAAUGGUUUAUUUUGUGGAGAAUAUUUUAAAACGUAUUCAGGAAAAGCCCCAGGAUACUAAAUUGCAAAUUUAUCAAGCCUUACAAGCUGUCGAAGAAGUUAAAAUUGAGGGGUUCAGUUUGGAAAAUUUAACCUGUAAGGAGCGUUUUUUAGACCGAGAUCUGACUGAUUAUGAUUUGCAAUCGGUUAUCAAUGAACUUAAUGAAAUAUUUCAGGAACACAGCGGAAAAAGCGGUGGCGAGUUUUAUACGCCUCUUUGUGUGGUUCAAUUAUUAGUUAGUUUAAUACAACCUCGGGAAAAAUCAGUCGUUUAUGACCCUUGUUGCGGUUCGGGGGGAAUGUUUGUGCAAAGCAAAUCUGUUAUCAAAGAGAUUAAAAAAAAUGGGGGGGAAUUGCAUUGCUUAGGUCAGGAAAGGAUUCCUGACACUCUUCGUUUAGCGAAAAGACGACUAAUUUUGGAAGGUAUCACUAAUUUUCGUUUGGAAGAAGGGGAUACUUUGCUUGAAGACAAGUUUCCGGACCAGCAAGCCGAAUUUAUUUUAGCUAAUCCUCCUUUUAAUCAGGCUCAUAAUGGAAUGAGUGAGGGAGACAUUCCAGUGAUUAUGGCUAAUAUCACUUUGUCUAGUUUAAAUAGGAGAGAUGUAGAAAUGCGGCAAAAAUGGCUAAAUGAUAAUUUGGUAGAGGCCAUUGUUAUCUUACCAAACAAACUUUUUUAUACUACUUCUAUUGCUCCUUGUGUUUGGGUUUUGCGUAAAGGUCGCGAAACUAGUGAGGUAUUAAUGAUUGAUGUUUCCCAAGAUGAUUUUGGAGAAAAAAUAAGUAGCAAAGAACGAGUGCUAAAUAAAGAAGAUAUUAAACAAAUCAGCGAAGUUUAUUAUUCUUUUCAAAAAAGUGGUGAAUUGAAAAAAAAUAGUAUUCCGGCCGUUAUAGUUUCUCGGGAAGAAAUUGAAAAAAAUAACUUCGUUUUAGUUCCCAGUCGUUAUUUACCUGACGGGCAAGAAAAAUUAACUCCGGAAGAAAUUGAUAAGCAGUUACUGGAAACUACCACUGAACUAGAAGGGUUAGAUGAAAUAUUAAGGGAAAACGGAGCAGUUCCUUACUACCAAAUUAAAGACAUCCAAAACCAGAUUUUACAUCCAAAAAAAAAACUCAGACCCGAGGUGGCAAUAGAAUGGAAAUUACCUUUAACUACUGAAAAUUCACUACUUUUGACCACUGGUGGAACAAUUGGUAAAGUCUUUUAUCCCGGAAUAGCGGGUUGUGCUUUCGCUAGCACUAUUACUUGUUUAGAACCCAACCUUGAUUUGGUUCUUCCCCAAUUUCUCUAUUAUUACCUACAAAGUAAGGAAAACCAAAUAAGCAAAUUGGUUGUGGGUAGCACUGUUCCUAUGCUAACUAAAAGCACUCUUUCCGACUUUCCCAUUUCAUUGCCUUCUCUCGAAGAACAAAAGAAAAUUCUCACUAAAUUUCAAAUCGUCUAUAAUCAAAUAUUCGCUAGCGAAAUUCAUUAUCAAGAUAAUCUGCAAAAAAUGAUUCAAAAACAUUUAAAAAUCGGUGACUUGCUUUUUCAAAAACACCAUGAUUCCACUAUCCAAAUUAAAGACCAUUUUCAAUUAGUUUGCGGCCGAACUCCUCCAAGCAAAGAGGAGCCUUCUUUGCAGAAAAAAAAUAUUCCGUUAGAGAUAAUUCGCAGUCAUCCCCACCGACGAGCCAAAACUAAUUAUUUUUUGACUAUUUUUCGUCUUCGUCAUAGCAUUAGUAAAGCCAUCCAUGAUUUUUUUCAUCAAGAAGAAUUUUAUUAUGUCCCAACACCAAUUAUUACUAGCAAUGAUGCGGAAGGAGCCGGAGAAGUAUUUAAAGUUGCUACUAACGAAGAGGAACCUUUUUUCUUGCGACCUGCUAACUUGACCGUCAGCGGACAACUCCAUGCUGAAGCCUUGGCCCAAGGACUAGGAAAAGUUUACACUUUUAGUCCUUGCUUUCGGGCCGACCCUUCCCAAACUACUCGGCAUCUGGCCGAGUUUUGGAUGGUCGAAGCCGAAAUGACUUGGGCUGAUUUAGCCCAAAUUACGGAUUUAGCCGAAAAAUUGCUUAAAUACACGAUAAAUUAUGUUCUGGCUAAUAAUGAAGAAGAACUAGCAUAUUUUGAAAAAUACCAGCAAAAACCAAUAAUCGAAAAGUUAAAAAAUAUUGUCAGUGCUAAAUUUCAGCACCUUAAUUACGAGGAAAGCCUUGGAAUAUUAACCAAAGCCCAAAAUAAUUUCCAGCAAAAGAAUAUUUUUUUCGGCCUGGAUUUUCAAGCCGAACACGAAAAAUAUUUGUGCCAACAUUUUGGUAAUCAACCCCUUUUUAUUCUUAAUUAUCCCACAAAAUUUAAACCUUUUUACAUGAAAAAUAACCCGGAUGGGAAAACCGUGGCUUGUUUCGACUUAAUUUUUCCCGAAAUUGGGGAACUAAUUGGAGGAAGUGUGCGGGAAGGCAAUUACCAAGUUUUAGUCGAUAAGGCUUAUCAGAAAAGCCUAGACUUAGAUAAUUUAAAAAUAAAAAAAUACGAAGGAAUGGGAUAUGGUGCAUGUUACAGUGGAGAAGAAAAAGAAUAUUAUUAUGGGAGCAAACAAAUGACUAUUAAUUUUCUUAAUAUUGACUUAAUAAUGAACCCUAACAAAAAAGACCAAUUAAUCCAAUCACUCCAAGCCCAAAUUCAGGAAUUACAAACUAAAUUAGAGGAUUAUUCUCAGGGUGGAAUAAAAAUUCUCUUUUCAGGAAAAGCCAACUCUCAAAGAGUAGCCCGCAAAGUAAAACCCCGCACUCUCCGCGAAAUACCCGAGUUAAGCCUGGGCAACGAAGAACAAAAAACUAAAAAUCUGGUGAUUGAAGGUGAUAAUUUGCUGGCUCUGUCUACUCUUUACCAAUAUCAUGGUAAAAUUGAUUUGAUUAUUGCCGACCCUCCUUAUAAUACGGGAAAAGAUUUUCGUUAUAAUGACCAAUUAUUUAGGUUAGGAAUGAUGUUAGACGAAAUAUUUGGAGAAAAUAAUAGGAUUGCGAUAAUUAAUUGGCAAAAAAUGGGCGGCCCAAAAACUUAUACUCAUGUUUCACCAGCCACCGAAUACAUUUUGGUUUAUGCCAAAGAUUUAGAAAAAACUAAAACCGGCUUAAUGCCUCGUGGUGAUAAUUACUUGGGACAAUUUAAAAACCCCGAUAAUGACCCCUUGGGAACUUGGGUUAUCGGAGACCCAAGUUCCCAAACUCCUAUUUAUAGAAUGGUUUAUGGCCUCCAAAAUCCUUUCACGGGGGAAAUUUGCAAACCUCCAACCGGAUCCCAUUGGAGGUUUGCAAAGCCGCGAAUGAAAGAGUUUUUACAAGGCUGGGGUUCUGAAUAUGAAGAGGUUGACCUCAAAGAUGGAAAAUCGGUGGCCUUAUUAAUUAAAGGUUUUUUGGUAGAAAAUAUUUCUAAUCCACUUCAAGAUCCAACAAUUCAAGCCGCAGUCAAAAAAGCCCAAGAAAUUUACCAAAAAGGCCAGGAAUAUUACGAAAGUCCACUAGAAUUGGGAGUAGCAAGAACUACGGCUGUUGCUAGUAGUGAAAUAAGCCAUUCAGUAGGAGCCGGACAUGGUUUUGUUACUGAAACUGGUAGCGACCGCAGUUUUAUUUUGAUAGAAAGCGGAAAUCCGGAAAAUGGUGAUAACUACUGUCGCACUCUUUUACAAAAAAGAUUACAGGCUGCUAUUGCUGGAGGAGGCUUGAAAUUUACUACUCUGGAUAAGCAAAUAAAUAAUCAAGCCAUUCUGCAAAUGGAGCGAGCCGAGUUAAUUGAUACUAUUAUUGCUAGCCGAAUUGACAAAUAUCAACAAAAAUACCAAGGAUUACAAUUACUAAAAAGCGAAAAUUGCCGCUACCUUAUUGCCAAAAAUAGCAAUCAAGAAGGAUUUUUCCUCAUUUGGGAUGGUCCAAACCAAAAUGUUAAUUUUACUAAGGAAGUUUACCAGUCAGUCGUGCAAGAAGCCCAAGAAAAUAAUUUGCGACCACCUUAUCACGUUUACGCCCGUUUGUAUUUAUGUCAGACCGAAAGAGUUAUUUUCCACCAAAUUCCUAAUAGUAUUUUGCUCGAUUUUGGCAAUUUUUUUCCGAACCGCGAAAAUAAAGAUUUAGCCUUGAUUGCGGCUGAUAGCGAUCAAUUAGCCGUUAAUUACUUACAGGAAAAUUUUCCUUCUUUACAAGUUAUCCAAAAAAACGCUUUAAAUAAUCUCAAAAGAUCCGAUUAUAAUGUUUCAGAAAAGCAAAAACUAAUAAUCAUCGGCAAUCCUCCCUACAAUGAUUUAACUUCUUUAAAAGCGAGAAAAAUUAAAGAAAAUUUUUCUCCUAAUCUAACCAUUGACCCAGCAAUAAAAUCUCGGGAUUUAGGAAUUAGUUUUUUACGCAGUUAUUACCACUUAAAAGCGGAUUAUGUUUGUGUUCUCCACCCGUUAAGUUAUCUAAUAAAAGAAACUAAUUUUAAUUACUUAAAAGAGUUUAGGGAUAAUUAUCGCUUGCUGAAAUCCCUAGUAGUUGACAGCAAAAAAUUUAGUGAUGCCAAAG